AUGAUGCAUUUGACUUGCUGCUCAAAAACAAAACUUUUUCAUAUUCUAUUUCUAUUAUUCGGUUUUCUAUAUUCACAGCCUACUGAAAAUCGGCCGCCACUUCAAGCGGUUUCGGUGAAAGGCACUUUUUUGUGUGGCAAGGAACCGGUGGUUGGGAUUACUGUUAAACUUAUUGAUAGAGAUCAUGGUGGGUUUUUCUAUGAAUUCUGAGGUACAGUACUCAUGAAAAUUUUGGCGGGAAAAUUCUAUAUUUUUUGAUCUACAGUAGCCCUAAAAAAUCAAUUUUCAUACAUCAAACUUCACAAAUAAAAAUAAUCACAAAUAUCAAUUUUUCUUCUAUUUUUGGCACAAAAUUUUUUUAUUUUUAUUUUUGAUAUCAAAAUGAACUUUGAAUUUUAGAAAAAUCCGCUUAUAAAAAUAAAUUUUCAAAGUUUUUUUUCAAAAUUUGAAAAAAAAUUGUUAAUUUUUGAUGCCAAUCAAUUUUAUCUAUAAAAAUUAAUUUUUCAAAAAAAUCAGUGACGUCAAUGAAAAAAAUUAUUUAGUGCACUUUUCGCUGUAACUCAAAAUUUAUCGAUUUUUUGGUUUUUGAAGCCUUUGGAAGCCUUGGGAAGCCUUUAGAAGCCUUUAGAAGCCUUGGGAAGCCUUUGAAAGCCUUUAGAAGCCUUUAAAGGGCUUCAAAAGCCCUCAGAAGCUUCCAAAAGCCCUAAGAAGCCUGUAGAAGCCUUCAGAAGCCUUCAAAAGCCUUCAGAAGCCUUCAGAAUCCUAAAAAAUCAAUAAUUUUUGCAGACGGUGAUCCAGAUGAUUUAAUGGACGAAGUUCGAACAGAUGCAAAUGGAACAUUUUCCUUAACCGGUGGAGCUUAUGAAUAUACAACUCUAGAACCAGCCCUAAAAAUCUACCAUGAUUGUAAUGACGGUGAAAGAGAGUGUCAGAAAAGAUUGUAUUGGAUUUUGCCGACGGAAUAUGUGACAAGUGAUAUGGACGAUAUUCCGAUUUUUGAUUUGGGAACUGUCAAUUUACAAAUCACUUUUGGAAAUGAGAAACGCGAUUGUCGACAUUAG